AUGGCUGAGCUGCCCAUUGCAGAGCUGCCUCCGGCCCGCUGCAGUGGCCGCUUCACCAUCAGCACCCUCCUGUGCAUGGAGGAGGGUGGUCGUGGUCCCUAUGUGCCCACUGAGAGCUCCGGCUGCGACAGCGCUCAGCCCACCCAGCUCUCGGGCAGCACCCUCUGCACCAGGACCUUUGGCUACAACACGGUGGAUGUCGUGCCCGCCUAUGAGCACUAUGCCAAUAGCAAGGGGAUGGGAGACACCAGGAAGGGCAGGCCCUCCCUGGCAGACCUGCAUUCCAUCCUCAAGCCUGACCCAGGCCAUCUCUGUGCACCCAUGUCUGACCCACAGAGGAGCAAUGGGCUCACAGAGGCUGGCCCAGAGGGGGCAUCGGCGGAGCCAGGCACAGACCCUGUGCCAGAGCCUGUCCGCUUUGGCUGGGUGAAGGGUGUGAUGAUCCGCUGCAUGCUGAACAUAUGGGGAGUCAUCCUCUACUUGCGCCUGCCCUGGAUCACUGCACAGGCAGGAAUCGCCCUGACGUGGCUCAUCAUCCUGAUGUCUGUGACAGUGACCACUAUCACUGGUUUGUCCAUCUCUGCCAUAUCCACCAAUGGCAAAGUGAAGUCAGGGGGCACCUACUUCCUAAUCUCGCGGAGCCUCGGGCCGGAGCUGGGCGGCUCCAUCGGGCUGAUCUUCGCCUUUGCAAACGCGGUGGCUGUGGCCAUGCACACUGUGGGCUUCGCUGAAACCGUCCGGGACCUGCUGCAGGAGCACAAUUCUCUCAUUGUGGACCCCACCAACGACAUCCGCAUCAUCGGGGUGGUCACCGUGACGGUGCUGCUGGGCAUCUCUCUGGCUGGCAUGGAGUGGGAGGCCAAGGCACAGAUAUUGUUCUUCCUGGUCAUCUUGGUUUCCUUCAUAAACUACCUGGUAGGGACGGUGAUCCCUGCCACCGCUGAGAAGCAAGCGAAGGGCUUCUUCAGCUACCGAGCUGACAUCUUUGCUCAGAACUUUGUGCCCAACUGGAGGGGACCUGAGGGCUCCUUUUUCAGCUUGUUUUCCAUUUUCUUCCCAUCGGCAACUGGCAUCCUGGCUGGGGCCAACAUUUCAGGUGACCUGAAGGAUCCUGCUGUGGCCAUCCCCAAGGGCACCUUGAUGGCCAUCUUCUGGACCACCAUGUCUUACCUGGUGCUUUCUGCUACGAUUGGUGCCUGCGUGGUCCGAGAUGCCUCAGGCAGCCUCAACGACAGCAUGGUGCUGGGCUCGCCGGGCUGUGAGGGGCUGGCCUGUGCUUUCGGGUGGAACUUCACCGCCUGCGCCCAGCGGCAGAGCUGCCGAUAUGGGCUCAGCAACUACUACCAGAGCAUGAGCAUGGUGUCCGGGUUUGGCCCCCUCAUCACAGCAGGGAUCUUCGGAGCUACCCUCUCCUCGGCACUGGCCUGCCUCGUCUCAGCCCCCAAAGUCUUUCAGUGUCUCUGCAGGGACCAGCUCUACCCUCUCAUAGGCUUCUUUGGGAAGGGCUAUGGGAGGAAUGGUGAGCCCAUCCGUGGCUACAUGCUCACCUACGUCAUCGCUGUGGGCUUCAUCCUCAUCGCCGAGCUCAACGCCAUCGCCCCCAUCAUCUCCAACUUCUUCCUCUGCUCCUACGCUCUCAUCAACUUCAGCUGCUUCCACGCCUCCAUCACCAACUCCCCAGGCUGGCGACCCUCCUUUCGGUAUUACAGCAAGUGGGCUGCGCUCUUCGGGGCUGCCAUUUCAGUGGUGAUCAUGUUCCUGCUGACCUGGUGGGCAGCCCUCAUUGCCUUUGGCAUCGUUAUUGUCCUCCUGGGAUACGUCCUCUACAAAAAGCCAGAUGUCAACUGGGGCUCCUCCAUGCAAGCCAGCUCAUACAACAUGGCCCUCAACUACUCAGUGGGGCUGAGUGAAGUGGAUGAGCACAUCAAGAACUACAGACCGCAGUGCUUGGUGCUCACUGGCCCUCCCAGUUUCCGCCCAGCCCUGGUGGACUUUGUGGGGACCUUCACCAAGAACCUCAGCCUGAUGCUCUGCGGCAACGUGCUCAUUGCACCACGGAAGCAGAAGAUGCCAAAUUCCCGGCUGACAGCAGACGGCCACACCAAGUGGCUUAUGAAGAGAAAGAUCAAGGCUUUCUAUACGGAUGUGGUGGCUGAGAAUCUGAGAAGUGGUGUCCAAAUGCUCAUCCAGGCUGCUGGCCUUGGGAAGAUGAGACCCAACAUUCUGGUGCUGGGCUACAAGAGGAACUGGCGGACAGCAUCCCCACAGAGCCUGGAGGACUACGUGGGCAUCCUGCACGACGCCUUUGAUUUCAAGUAUGGUGUGUGCUUGAUGAGGAUGAAGGAAGGGCUGAAUGUUUCCCGAGUGCUGCAGGCACACAUUAAUCCCAUGCUUGAGGCAGAGGAGAGGAAUGGCACCAGAGGCAGAGCAGCCCCGAGCACAGUGGAUCCCACCACCUUGGCCUGUGAGCAGCAGGCAAGCACCAUCUUCCAGAGUGAGCAGGGCAAGAAGACCAUUGACAUUUACUGGCUCUUCGACGAUGGAGGUCUCACGCUGCUCAUCCCCUACCUCAUGGGGCGUAAGAAGCGGUGGGGAAAGUGCAAAAUCCGUGUGUUUGUUGGUGGGCAGAUCAACAGGAUGGACGAGGAAAGGAAGGUGAUUGUCUCUCUGCUGAGCAAGUUCCGCCUCGGCUUCCAUGAGGUCCACAUCCUCCCUGACAUCAACCAGAAACCCCAGACAGAGCACAUCAAGAGGUUUGAUGACCUCAUCGCUCCCUUCAGGCUAAACGAUGGCUUCAAGGAUGAGGCCACAGUGAACGAGAUGAGGCAGGGCUGUCCCUGGAAGAUUUCUGACGAGGAGGUUGAUAAGAACAGAGUCAAGUCCCUUCGACAAGUGAGGCUGAAUGAGAUUUUGCUGGAUUACUCGCGGGAUGCGGCACUCAUAGCGAUCACGCCACCUGUCAUCAGGAAGGGCUGCCCCAGCUCCCUCUACAUGGCCUGGCUUGAGACCCUCUCGCAGGACCUGAGACCCCCUGUCAUCCUCAUCCGAGGCAACCAAGAGAACGUGCUGACCUUUUACUGCCAAUAA